AGCGAUGCGAGAACAGCGAAUUCAUGUCGUGUAUUGACCCUAGCACAAUUUCUGAAUCUGCAUAAAUCCUUACGUCUUCUUCUACGGGAUGCCACCGAUGAGGCUUGUGGUGAAUUGCUUCGGAGCCGUAUUUUUGAUGCUCACAUUGACAGAGCAGCUGGAGCUAGUGAAUGCAUUAUAUGCCUGGAACGAACAGCAGACGUAAUACUGCCCUGUGUUCACACAUUCUGUAUGGUUUGCAUCGAACGGUGGAAAGGAAUCGGAAAGAGCUGGUGUCCACUUUGUCGUCAACCACUACAUCCGGAUGGAAAUGACGUCUGGGUGACGCCAGACAGUCCAGCUGGCGAUGAGCUCCGAAAUUACUUGUUAUCUCUGACCGAAUCUAGCUCAACUUCAGAUGUGCGUUAA